CUUCACGCUGAAGGGCUUCUUCCUCGGCAUGGCCUGGACCAGUCACCUGGCCCGCCCUCCGCCGAGCUACGGCCGCCUCAACUGACUCCCCCUGGUAGCCCCCGCCGCAAGGGCCCGGGACCCUUGAGGAGGCGGAGCUAGCAGGUGACGUCAGCGGGCGGGCACGACCGACUUGCCGCGGCGGUCCGGAUGGAAGGCGCACAGGGGAGACACUCACUUCCCCCUAGAAGUGAGGCGGAGAGGGUGAUGCGGGGUGGGCUACCGACACAUGAGAGCCAGUGGCACCGAGAAGGCUCAGCGGCGGCGAGGAAGGAGGCGCGCGUGGGAGGAUCGAACUAACUCCGUCACGGACGCUACCAACGCGCGCCCAGAGGAGGGGGGACGCGUGUCAUCACUACCUUGCGCUCCAGAGAGAAGCUACCACUCACCUGGAGGGGGCGGUGGAGAGGAGGGCGAGUCCUACUACCCAGGGGAAAGGGAGGCGUGGACAAGCUACACUACUAACCCGGGGACUUGACCAUAGGGGAAAGCCGAGACUGCGCGUCCAAGGAAUAAAGCCAGUUUGCUGUGUUACACUGGGGGCACAGUCAAAGGUCUUAAGGGGCGAGUGGAGGUCUGAAGAGUCCUCGGUGCCGACCUGCUGGGACCCAAAUUCCCUGUGGGAACGACGAGAAGAAGCAGGCUCAUAGAUCAUAAGUGCAAGCGCAGGCCAGAAGAAAAACCCAGGUGGGACAGGACUUUUGGAGACGGGUCAGAGGGCACGAAGUUGUGCCUGCAACUGUUACCAUAGUAACCGCGGACCGGAUGUGGCGAUUUUAAGACGCGACAGGCCUUUCGUUCUCAGGCUUUCUGGCCCGAAAAUUUGUCGACUCUAUGGCACUGUGAGGAGUUACUUGUGCUUUUCACCGUGGAGGGAAUUUUUUUAAGCACUUAUAGAAACGGGGCAAAGAGAAGAGUUAACGUUUUCGCCCUGCCUUGCAGAGACUGAAGGAGGCGGUUUACAUGAGAAUGCAGACACAACAAAAAUUCUCAGCUACCUUCCGGAAGUGGAAUGGCGGGAGCUUGGGCCUCAGUGCCCACCGCCCUCCCGGAAGCGGAAACAGAAUCGCAGCGUGCCCCUUCCUCACUGCCCUCCAAAUCCCGCUGCAGCCAUUGCCGCAGCCACGAUGCCGAAACGAAAGAAGCAGAAUCAGCAGCAGCAGCAGCCGCCACAGCAGCCACCACUGCCCGAGCGGGAAGAGACUGGAGAUGAGGAAGAUGAGAGUCCCAUCGGACCACCUAGCCUUCUGGGCCCUCCCCCCAUGGCCAAUGGAAAGCCUGGUGACCCCAAGUCAGCUCUUCACAGAGGUCCUCCAGGAUCAAGGGGACUGAUGAUUCCACCACUGCUGAGUCUCCCACCUCCUCCCCGGGGCAGAGGCCCAAUCCGGGGAGGCCUCGGCCCCAGGUCUGGCCCAUAUGGUCGUGGUUGGUGGGGGGUCAAUGCUGAACCCCCUUUUCCGGGGCCAGGCCAUGGGGGUCCCUCCAGGGAAACCUUUCACAAAGAGCAGAGAAACCCUCGAAGGCUCAAAAGCUGGUCUCUUAUCAAGAAUACCUGCCCGCCUAAGGAUGGCCCCCAGGUUAUGGAAGACAAAUCCGACCGCCCUGUCUGUCGACACUUUUCCAAAAAGGGCCACUGUAGAUAUGAAGACCUCUGUGCCUUCUACCACCCAGGCGUCAAUGGACCUCCUCUGUGAGACUGUGCCUUCCCAUCCAGGCUGGAAAAGAGCCCUUUGUGACCUAGUGGCCAUUUAUUUCCCUCUGGCCCCGUGAUGGCUACUGUGAGGCUCUUCCACCCGACACCCUCGGUCAGUGACACGUCCACCCCCAUCCACCACCUCCCUGGUUUGGGGUCCAGAGUUGUGUUUCAUCACUGGUGCACAGUGCGCUCUGUCUUCUAAUCCAGCCUCCAGAGACUUGCCUUCGGGACCCCUUCUUGCUCCCUCAACUGCCUCCUGGAUCUUCUUCCCUUUCGCCAAAUGACUGCUGAACAGGAAACCUCUUUGGUGCUGUUUCUUGUGCAUCUGUCCACCUGUCCCCAGUAUUGCCCUCAAUUCCUGAGAGCCCUGGAGUGGUUUCCUACCCCCUUUAGCUGCUUGUUUUAAGUCCUUUUUAUGUGACAUCCCAAUGUUUUCAGCUGCUCGGGAAACUCACCAGGUUUUCUGACCUGGGGUCAGGUUUGGGUGACUGGUACGGAGUUGCUCCCUGAAAGGCAACUGCCCCUGCUUUUGGAUUUUGUAGUUUCUCUGUCAGUAGCAUGAUCCCCACCGCUAUGGUCUGUGAUCACUGUGCUUUGUGAAACUGUGCAUCCCCUUGUAGCCUUUCUCAGUGUCCGUGGCAUUUUUGUGAUUUCCCAACACUAGAAUAAUUUUUCCUGCCAAAAUGAGUGAGGCUCUUGGUGCCCUAUAGACUUUCCCCACCUCCCAACUUGGGAGAAUUGUGGAAUUCCACAAGACUGCCUCCCUGUUUCUUCUGGUGUUGGUUAUUCUGGGUCUGACACAGGCCAGUGAUGUCUUGUAAAGCCUCAGAUGGGCCUCCCUACCCAGCUCCUUUUCAGCCCAUUUUAGUUAGACUAUGUCAUUUUGAGGCCACCAGCCCUUUCAUUUGAAUUCUGUGAAUCUCCACCUGGCCUAUCUUUGGGUGGAACCUGGACAGUACUGUUGCUCUCUUCUGACACUCUUCCCUCACAUCCCUGGCACUGGUUGUUUUCUGUGAAAACGGCAGUGAACAGGUUCAGUUUUGAGCUGGCCCUGGGGAAAUGGGUCAGGAGUUGUGUGGGCAAGAGGGAGGGAUGGGAGCCGUUGAAGAACUGAGAAUGAAUUUUUUUCUUUUUAACGUUUUUUUAUAUUAGUAAUAAACACAGUGGAAACCAGCAUUUUCCUUAAUCCCUGUGUUCUAGUCAUUCAGGUGGUGAUGCUUAAGUCUCUUCCCAUUCAAGGGAAUCUGUGGGGUCCCUUUAGCCAACAGGCAUCAACCAAACCAGGCUACAUGUGGUCAAGGGUGAAGUAUUAUAGAAGAAAGGAAAGACAUGGUGGCAGGGAGUAAUUUUUAAACAUUUUACCUAUGUUUGUCAGUUUGGUGUAUAUGAAGUAAAUAUAAUGAAGCACAGUAUUUCAACAAAAAUG